CAUAUGGCGAGCGGAACGUCUUCAUGCUCGAGGGACAAGAUGCAUACAGGCAGCGGUAGACGACGUCCCCACGAACCCCAUGUGUCUAGCUGAGACGCUGGAGGCUGUUCGGCGCACAUGUGGCAUUGAUGGGAGUGACCGAGUGCAGGGUCGGUCGAGGCCGAGGCGGGGGCUAGCGUAGCUUUCUCGAUUUUUCGAGCGCUCCGCCAUCAUCAUGAAUCAGGUAGCCAACAGCUGAGCUUCGCCAAGUGAGCUCUUUGCGAAACUGCGACAGCAACCCAUCACAACUUAUCAUCAACAUGGUCUUAUUGCAGCUCUUACGCCGCCAAGUAGCCACCAGUUCGACAGGCCGCAUCGCAGCCCAUCCCGUCCAUCCCGCCAGAGUCGCACACCAAAUCUGGAGACCGCAACAGCGUGCCCAAUUCCACCGUCUCUUUGCUCAAAAGACUGCAUCCUCGCCCAACACCGCCACAUGGAGACAAUUGCUCUCACGCUUCCGCAACACCAACUCGCGACGAUGGAAUAGCUCAAGGCCCAGCCCCGAUCCCACACCACACCUCGGUAGCCCCACGCCACAACUCUCUUUCUUCCAGCGGUUCAAGCAACUCGGCAAGGAAUACGGUUGGGUUGUAACUGGUGUCUACUUUGGUCUUUCUGCUCUGGAUUUACCCUUCUGCUUCCUGGCUGUGAGAGGUCUUGGUACCGACCGCGUCGCCCGAUGGGAACACGCCAUUGUCGGCACCAUUAAGGAUGCUGUCAAGGCCGUCAUGCCGGAAGUUGGAAACAAGGCCGACGAGGUUGUAGAGCAAGUCGAGACUGCUGUUGGAAGCCCUGCUGCCAGGGAAGGUAACGUAUGGGGUGUUCCGGAAGCAGAGGCGCGCAACAACGAGGAAGCUUCCCUCUGGACCCAAUUCGUUCUCGCCUACGCCAUUCAUAAAUCCUUCAUCUUUAUCCGAGUACCGCUGGCCGUCGCCAUCACACCAAAGGUUGUCAAGACCUUGAGAUCAUGGGGAUGGCAGAUUGGAAAGAAGAAGCUCAGAUCGGCCAAGCCGACCAAGCCUUGAAUAAGUCAUUAUUCUGAAACGGAAACGAGGAAGAACCAUCAUUGUAAAAUCACUUGUACAAAACUAUAAAAGGGGGAAACCGUUCUCUUUGGAUGUUAGAAAGAUUAAGCACACUAUUGUAUACUAGGGCAAAGGCGCAGAAGAGAAGCGUUGAACGAAGCAAUCAUUAUUUCACCAC